UGACCUAAAUACCCAUCUCCCACAGCAUUGGUAGCGGCUCCCAGCCUUCGCAACACCCUCUUCUGCCCUUCCUUCUACCUUCUCUCUUUUCCCCAAUUUCCCAUUUCUCUCCUUCCUCUAUCCCUUUACCCGCCACUUUCAAAUUAUUGUUAUUAUACACCCCUGGGACGAAGCGUGAUUUGUUUUCUUUUCAUUGACGCUUCUGAAUUUUGGUUGUUUCUGUAUGUAAUCUGUGGCGGAUCGUUUGUUGGGUUUGUCAGAUUCUUGUACUGGGAGUGUUCUGGCAGCUGGGUUUUGGCACUGCUCUAUGAAAGACUCUAGCUUGAUGUCAUAAAAUUGGCUUUUUCUUGCUUCGUGUUGUUUGUUCAGGCCUAAGGAAAAAUGGCAAACCAUGAUGUGCUGCUUGGACAAAAUAAUAGUGGAGCUCUUGGUCAUAGCCAGCCUGUAGUGCUAAACCGUAAUCAUAGCAUGGCUAUUGCUCAAACCCACGGGUUGGAAAUGGGACAGCCUCAUGAGCAAGAAGCCAGAUUGGGGCAGGGUCACGACAACCAGGGCGAUGAUGAUCAUGAAUAUGAACAGGGGAAUAGGUUAACGAUGGAGGAGAAACCUGAGCACGAAGUCCAAGAUGUGCAUUUACAUGGAGGGAGCAGUGAGUUAGAUAUGUCUGAUCACAAUGAAUUGGCAGUCUCUGAGACCCAAGAACUUGAUGAGAAUAUGGAAUUAGCGGUGAUCCAGCACGAGGACAUGGGUAUAGACUCAGUGCAUGAUAUGAGUCUUCACCAGGCUCUUAUAGUUACUCCCUCUCAUGUCCUCCAGCAGCGAACUCUUGCUAUAAGCCCUAACUAUGAGCUUCAUGUGGGGCAAGAAUUCCCUGAUGUCAAAGCUUGUAGGAGGGCUUUGAGGGAUACAGCUAUUGCCCUGCACUUUGAAAUGCAGACCAUAAAAUCAGAUAAAACUCGCUUUACUGCGAAAUGUGCCAGUGAGGGGUGCCCGUGGCGUAUUCAUGCUGCAAAGCUUCCUGGUGUACCCACUUUCACAAUCAGGACCAUCAAUGAUAACCAUACAUGUGGUGGAAUUGCCCAUCUUGGGCAUCAGCAGGCCUCAGUGCAGUGGGUUGCCAAUUCCGUAGAGCAACGGCUCCGGGAGAACCCUAAUUACAAGCCGAAAGAGAUACUGGAAGAAAUUCAUAGAGUUCAUGGUAUCACAUUAUCCUACAAGCAGGCUUGGCGUGGAAAGGAAAGGAUCAUGGCUGCCAUGCGAGGAUCCUUUGAAGAAGGCUAUCGUCUCCUCCCACAGUACUGCGAGCAAGUAAAACGGACUAACCCAGGAAGUAUUGCAUCUGUCUAUGGAAAUCCUGCAGACAACUGCUUUCAGCGUCUCUUCAUUUCAUUCCAGGCAUCAAUAUAUGGUUUCCUAAAUGCCUGCCGUCCUCUUCUUGGGCUUGACAGGACAUUCUUGAAGAGUAAAUAUUUAGGUACAUUGCUUCUGGCUACUGGUUUUGAUGGGGACGGCGGCCUUUUCCCUUUGGCCUUUGGUGUUGUUGAUGAGGAGAAUGAUGAUAACUGGAUGUGGUUUCUCUCGGAGCUUCAUAACCUUCUUGAGGUCAAUACUGAGAACAUGCCAAGGCUUACAAUACUGUCAGAUAGGCAAAAGGGCAUUGUGGAUGGUGUGGAAGCCAAUUUCCCCACUGCUUUCCAUGGUUUUUGCAUGCGUCAUUUGAGUGAAAGCUUUCGCAAAGAAUUUAACAAUACAAUGCUCGUUAACCUUUUGUGGGACGCUGCCCAUGCUCUUACAGUUAUUGAAUUUGAAGCCAAAAUUCUCGAGAUUGAGGAGAUAUCUCAAGAUGCCGCAUACUGGAUUCGCCGGAUUCCGCCUCGUUUAUGGGCUACAGCUUAUUUUGAGGGAACAAGAUUUGGACACUUGACGGCUAAUAUAGUGGAAUCUUUAAAUACUUGGAUUUUGGAGGCCUCAGGUCUUCCAAUAAUUCAAAUGAUGGAAUGCAUCCGGAGGCAGCUCAUGACUUGGUUCAAUGAACGUCGAGAAACUAGUAUGCAGUGGACAUCCAUUCUUGUACCUACUGCAGAGAGGCGAGUUGCCGAGGCUCUUGAGCGUGCACGUACAUACCAGGUUCUUCGUGCUAAUGAAGCUGAAUUUGAGGUAAUAUCUCACGAGGGGACAAACAUUGUUGAUAUCCGGAAUCGCUGCUGUCUUUGUCGGGGAUGGCAGCUGUAUGGUCUACCCUGCGCGCAUGCUGUUGCUGCUCUACUCUCAUGCAGGCAGAAUGUCCAUAGAUUCACCGAGAGCUGCUUUACUGUUGCUACUUAUCGUAAGACAUACUCGCAGACUAUACAUCCUAUUCCCGAUAAAACGCUGUGGAAGGAGUUAUCUGAUGGAGAUCCCAGUGUCAGCAAAGCUGUCGAAAUGGUUAUUAAUCCACCUAAGUCACUGCGUCCUCCUGGCCGACCAAGGAAAAAGCGUGUUAGAGCAGAAGAUCGUGGUCGUGUGAAGAGAGUUGUACAUUGUAGCCGUUGCAAUCAGACAGGACACUUCAGAACAACAUGUGCAGCACCAAUAUGAGAGCUCAUUCUGGAUAGUUAUUCAAUGAAAUAAAGUUAAGCUAAGACCUCUCUAGAGAUUUUUCUUAGACCUGUUUAUUGUUAAAGGAUUUAUUAUUAGUUCAGGUUGCAAAUUGUUGUCCUUGAUGCCAGAUAAGAUCACUAUGUUUCUUAUGUAUCGUGUUCAGUAUUUGAUUUUAGUGCCAUGUAAAUGAAGGGAUGCGACCUUAUGGUAUUCUCUUGGCAGUCUCUAAUGAUUUUGCAGAUUAUUUUA